UAACGGCACUAGUCGUGUGGGCUGGAGUCUGCUGACAACUUGAGCUCCUUCUGGCGAGGCCGAGCCUCACAGAGUCGCAGCUCACUCAGUGUGUCGCCGACAGCAUACCUGGUCGCGUCGAUUGAAGUUCACACCAUAUUCAAAGAUGCGGCUUAUCAUCGUGUAUCUGGCAGUUGCGUCAGCGACAGCGUUUGAUCUUCGCGGACGACAUGAUCCAUGUGAUACUGUGGAGUGCAGAGCUGGACGCGAGUGUGUGGUGAGCGAAGGUGCUGCCCAUUGCCAGUGCAUCCAGUCAUGUCCUGAUCGCUACGCCCCUGUCUGUGGCUCCGAUGGCACCUCCUAUGACACCCACUGUCUCCUUCACCGCCAUGCCUGCCUUACAGGGAAUCACAUCAAAGUCGUGCACAAAGGAAUCUGCAAGAAGGUCAAACAGGUGAAGAAAAAAACAGUGAAAAUAGAGGAUCCAGCUGUGUGCUACAGCAGCCAGCGUGAUGCUCUUCUCCAGGUGGUGAAAAAGCACUGGCAGGACACUUUGGCUGACCAGCCCUGGCAUGUGCCUGGCAUGACAUAUCGAGAAAGUCUUUGGGGACGCUUUUUCACUUGUGAUGGAGACAAAGAUAAUCAUCUUAACUCUGAUGAAUUUCUUAAUUGUACCAUUGGUGCUUUCUUCAUGGCACGUCCUGAGCAAGAGAGAGAACUCACCAGGUACCGGAGGUACGAAGAUAAAGAGGACGAGCAUUGUACAGAUGCUAUUGUGGAUGUAGCAGACACCAAUCGUGACUGGAGGCUUGAUUUUGAGGAAUUUACAACAAUGCUUUCCCCUGACUUCCACCCAGCUCAUAAGUUGUGCUCACUGGAUGGGAAGCAAUACCUUGAUGGGGAAGAUGUUCAUGUUGAUGGAAACCACUGCAUCUGCGCUGUGGGUAGCUGGGUGUGUACCUCUACAGAUACCUCAAAAGACACCAACAAAAAGGAUUUUGGUGUUCAGGCCUUUGAUUAUCUGGAUGACACUGAAAACAAAAUUGAUAAUGAGGAUGAUGACAGCUACAAUGACUUAAUUGAUGAUGAUUAUGAUCUGUCAAGUGAAGAUGAUGAUGAUUAUCUAAUUGAUGAGGAAGAAGAUGAAGAAUAUCUAGAAGAACUUUUUGAUGAUCUGCUAGACAAGUUAAAAAGGCAUCGCGAGCAGAAGCAUCACCACAAUUACCUGUAAAACACUCAGAAAGCUAACAGUGAAGAGAUAGAGAGGCGCAUACUGUACAUCCACAACAGUUCAGGUACAUGGGAGCUUAUGUUUACUGUGUACAUGUACUUUCAACUGCAUGAAGCUUUUAUUCUAUUAAAAUAACAUUGCAUCCUUAUGCAUCGACAUGGGGUGAUCUCGAAGUAGGAAAAGCCUCUGUUGAAGCCACAUGUAUCCACAAAAUGUGUUUGGUCUUAUGAAAUGUUCAUUUGGCCUUCCAUGUUCACUGCACAACUUAUCAACUCAUAUCUCUUUACUUUCCAUAUCAAGCUGUAAUAUUUCAGUUCCUACUUGUCACAAGAUGCCUCUACUGUAAACACUAUCUGGUGAGGAAUGUGGUUAAGUUUAAACACAGCAAAAAUUCAGUAACUCAUUAAAUUUACACAAUUCUGAAACAGUGAAACUCAUUAAUUUAUUACUUACAUUCUUAUGAUUCAAUUGCUUUGCUUUAAACAUCCCCCAAAACUUAAGAGCUCAAGAGCUCCUUCAGUAAUUAUCUGAAUCUUUGAGCAUUUAUUAAUUUUUAGUCAGACCAUUUUAAGUGCUUAUCAGUCUCUUAUCCAUACUGUCUAUAUCAUCAUUGUACGUAUAGGAAUUUUUAAUGGUUUCUAUUUAGUAUUGCUAUGAUUUAACAUCCAGCAAUCAGUUAUACUAACACCCAUUAUACUUAUUACCUUAUCCAUAAACAUGAAACAAAUACUGUAUGGUGAUGAACCACAAACUAUGCAUUCCUAAUUUAAUUACAGUAUAUACAG